AUGACGAAAGAGGAUCAGGAUCAAUUUAGACCUAGCCAAUCACUUGUUACUAUAGAGAUUGGCAAUGAUACUAAUCGUGAAUACCUGAUGAACUUUGAUAAAGUCUAUCAUUGGGAUGAUAUAAUAGUUUUCUUAUUUCUAUUGUUAGUUUUCAUAGUAUUACUCAUAGGUGGUUAUUUUGGACCAUCUUCAACAACAGAAACAUAUACAAAUCAUUCAAUUUCUUAUACUCAACUAAAUCAACCUGCUCAAUUUAAAAUUUCAUCAGAUGCUCAGCCAUAUAACAAAGAUUUAGCAAUAUAUAUCCGAUUUUUACAUCAACCAAUGAACAUUAAUCUCACAAACAAUUACACAGUAAAUAUUUCUGUUAUUCACGGAAAUGUUCAAUCAGAAAGGACAAGAACAACAGAGAAACAUAACAAUGCUCAAUUCAUAUCUCCAGUAAAUUCUACUUUUUCUUCAUGGCAUCGCAUUUAUUUCGAUAAAAUUGUUGAUUUCGAUAGUAUCAAGGUUGAUGUCUUAAUAUACGGUGAUUUAAAGAACUAUAGUUUGUUACAAUCCAAAGUAAUAAAAGGUUCUGAAGCAGGAUUUCAAAUUCAGUUUGGAACAAGGGCCAUCUUCACAGGGCUUUGUCUUUUAGUUCUUAAGUACUUCAGCGAAAAGACCAAGGAAAGAGAGUCAAGGCACGAACAGUUACUUACGUAUUGUCUUUUGUUUGGAACAGCAUUUUACGAUAAUCCAAGUUUCAUCGCUCAUUUAUACAAACCAGUGAUCUAUUAUCCUAUAUUUGAUGAUAUAUUACGCAGUUUCUACGUUGGAUUCAUCACUCUUUACUUACUUCUUUUGAUUGGACAUUUCGGAAACCAAGAGAUCUUCACAGAGAGUUUUAUCUCUACUAGAAUUUAUUUUUCAGGCGUCAUUGGUCUGUUGAUGCUCAUGCGACAGUUUUUCAACGAUUUGGCCCAAAUUUAUAAUCCAAUGUUAGCGAUAAAUCACGCGGAUAGAUAUUUACUGUACGCAGAACGGGUUUUAUAUGUUGGAUUAUACUUGUUUAUCCUUGUAGAGUACUUUAAAGCUUGGAGAAGAAUUGAAGAAUCUGACAGAUUUAGAUUUGUCAUUUAUCUUUUAGUUUUACCAUUCUUUAUCUAUGUUACAGGUGUAGCAAUGAAUUUGUUUGGUUCCUACAGUACUUUUAUGUUUGCAGCUGAAAUGGGCUGUGCAAACAUUCCUGCUCUUGCUCUGGCUUACGGACAUUUCCCUUAUUCAUCAAAGAAGAGCAUGGAAUACAACCCACCUGAUGGAGAAAUACCUGAUUUAGAAGAUAACGCAAUAUUUGAAGAUGAAAAUGUUGCAAAGAACGAUGAACCAGCAGAAAAGGCAUGA